AUGAAUCCCGAAGAAGUAGAAUUUCUCGGAGAAAAGCAACUAAUUAGCAUAAUCCCAACCUUUAAUAGUAGCACGAUACAUUUAGUGUCUGGAGACAUCGGACCCUUUCGUGCAAGUCUUCCAGUUAAUGUCCCUUUAUGGGUAGCAGUCAAUUUGAAGCAGCAACGUAAAUGCAAAAUUCAGCCGCCAGACUGGAUGGAUGUCGAGCAAUUAGAAUUGUUAAAAGAAGCCGAAAAGGCUUCCAGAAACUUUGUCAAAAUGCCGAGUGAACACUACAUGAUUGAGGGUAAAUUGUUGCUCAGCAUAGCCACGGAUGAUAUCGCACGUGCUGAUGAAGUUCGAACAAUAAUAAAAGAUAUUUGGGAUAUACGCAUGGCUAAGCUAAGAUCGUCUGUUAACACAUUGAUAACUGGAAAAUCAUAUGGUAAUGUAGAUAAUCUAACGAUAAUGGAAAUUAAUAGUAUGCGUCCCCUUAUACCACAUGCAAUGGAUCAAAUACAUCGCAUGAAAAUGGAACGACCACGCUUUAGCACUCCAUCUCAAAGUACCUCAUUAGGUUUAUUAAACUCAUCAACUGUAAUUUCAACAUUUAAAUAAUAUUGUAAUUUAAAUAAUAAAUGUUCUAUUUAAUUUGA